AUGUCCGGAAUCAAAUCGUAUUUCGCGCCCGGUCGGGGCGAGGCUCACAAGAGAGAGGAGUCGGAAAAGACGGUGGAGAUGGUAGAGACGCCGCGGGUACCAUCCACACCACGGGCAGGAGACUCGACGCCAGCAUCGCCGUGGGGCUCAAGGCCUGGAUCGAUCUACCCUGUCGGCGACUUUCGCAACAACGCCAUGGAGGAGAUCAACGAUAUCAAAUGUGAUGUCAUGGUGAACUGGCUACAUUCCAGACAAGAAGAGAGGCUGUGGACCUCUGGCGAGUACGAGGAAGGUGUAGUGCUCAAGAAAUCUCGGGGUGCAUACACAUGCAGUCCCCCAGACCUGGCUGUAGAGCGUUACGGUUUCUUCAAGGCCGUGGAAACUCUCAACGUUCGAGUUGCCAUGACUGUAAACACGAGGGUGAUCAAGAUCCUACUUCACAGCAAUCAACACCCUUAUGUAGAGAUUCAGCCUGGCUUGCGAAUUCAGGUCCUGCCCGAUAUGUCCUACCUGCCGCGGUGUCAGAAGCAUCAGUUCGCUGCUUUUAUUGCCGACAGGGGAAUCUUAGUCGUGUGGGACGACGAACCGAAAAAGCUGAUUGGUCGCGUGGAGCGGUUGGAGCAGGCUCUGAUUCAGAUGAUCUGGGGCAACGGGGACGCAUACCCUGAGGAGAAAGAGGAAAAGCCUGCGCAGGUGCAAGUACAAGAACUCGAAGGUCACGAUGGAGAGAUGCUCCCUGAUGAGAAGCCACGUCGUGUCGUCCUAAUUCAACCAAUACUCACUGCCUGCACUUUAUUACUUACCUUAGCCGCCAUCGGAUCUGGUUGGCGGCGAGUUGCGAUAGAGAUCUUCGUUGAUCACAACUGGAUUCGACUGGCAUUCAUUCUGCUAUUGAUUCCUCAGAUGUGGCUAGGAUUGUUCUUCUUCCAAGCUCUUGCGGGUAACAUCGCACAAUGCAUUGGUCCGAUCGGCCAGAUGAAAAGAAACACGAAGAACUAUUCUGGAAUCAAACCGCGCCGACUGAACAGGGAACGGGGACCGCUUCCGCACGUAACCAUCCAGUGCCCAGUGUACAAGGAAGGCCUUCAUUCCGUUAUCGAGCCCACAAUUCGCUCAAUCAAAGCUGCCAUCUCGACGUAUGAGAUGCAGGGCGGUACUGCAAACAUUUUUAUCAACGAUGACGGUAUGCAGCUGCUGCCAGACGAUGAAGCACACCAGCGCCAAGACUUUUACGACGAACACAACAUCGGCUGGGUUGCUCGGCCAAAGCACAACUCUAAGCCGAUUGAAGGAAGCGACGAGAUAUUCUUGCGCCGUGGAAAGUUCAAGAAGGCUUCGAACAUGAACUACGCUCUGUGGGUCAGCAACAGGAUCGAAGACAAGCUUGCCAGCGGUGUCCGACCGGAAACCUGGAGCCGAGAAGACGAAGCCGCGGCAUACACUCAAGCACUGAACGAGGUUAUCGCUGAGGACCGCGGGAUGACCUGGGCAGACGGGAACGUUCGCGUAGGCGAUUAUAUCCUGCUUAUUGACUCCGACACCCGUGUUCCCGUAGAUUGCUUCCUGGAUGGCGUCAGUGAGAUGGAACAAUCACCUCAGGUUGCGAUCAUGCAGUAUUCGUCGGGUGUCAUGAACGUUACAGACAGCUUCUUCGAGCGAGGCAUUACCUUCUUCACCAAUCUCAUCUACACUCAGAUCGAGUAUGCCGUCGCAAACGGCGAUGUCGCGCCCUUUGUUGGACACAACGCCAUCCUGCGCUGGUCGGCCGUUCAAGACAUCGCAUACGACUGCGAAGAUGACCACCGCGAAAAGUACUGGUCCGAGGCUACCGUGUCCGAGGACUUCGACAUGGCCCUACGCCUCCAAUCGAGCGGCUAUAUCCUGCGACUCAGCGCAUAUGCAGAGAAAGGUUUCAAGGAGGGCGUGUCAUUGACAGUCUACGACGAGCUCGCCCGAUGGGAGAAAUACGCCUACGGAUGCAACGAGCUGAUCUUUCAUCCUCUCCGUUAUUGGUUUACUAGAGGCCCCUUCACGAAACUCUUCCGCACAUUCAUCGUAUCCAACAUGCCUCUCCCAUCCAAAAUCACGAUUCUGGCGUACAUUGGCACGUACUACGCGCUAGGUUCCGCAUGGUUACUCACCGUAGCCAACUACUUCCUUAUGGGCUGGUUCUCCGGUUUCCUAGACCACUACUACGUCGAUUCCUUCAAGGUCUACUUCUCCAUCGUUAUCGUCUUCAAUGCGCUGGGUAACGUCGCGCUCGCCUUCCUCCGCUAUCGCACCGGCGAGCGCAGCUUUUUCUCCAGCCUCUGGGAAAACUUCAAAUGGAUACCGCUUCUCUGCCUCUUUCUCGGCGGCAUCUCCAUACACGUCUCCCAGGCCUUGCUCAGCCACAUGUUCGGCAUCGAUAUGAACUGGGGCGCUACGGCGAAGGAGGUGGAGAACAUUAGCUUCUUCGAGGAGAUUCCGCGCGUGCUGAACCGGUUUAAGGGGACGUUCGUCUUCGUCAUCGUGUCGACUGCGACAAUGAUCGUUUGCGCGACCGUCGUGCCGGAUAUGUGGCGCAUCAGCUUCUUCGCGGCCAUCUGGCCGCUCAGCGUGCUGGUGUUCAGCCACCUCAUGCUGCCGUUUGCGCUGAACCCAAAUCUGAUGCUGUUUACCUGGUAA